CUACCACCACGUCCUCACGGUGACCCCCACCUCGAUGACCGUGUCUUCACGAAGAAUCCCUGUAAUCAUUGACACCGACCCAGGUGUGGACGAUGUGCUGGCUAUCUUGCUAGCACUGGCUUCGCCAGAGCUCGAUAUACGAGCUAUUAUCGUAACCUUCGGCAAUACCGAUGUCGAGGCAGCCUAUCUCAACAUUCUGAGGCUUCACAAGGCACUUGCGCUCCAGUUUGAGCAGGAUCCGAAGUCCAGAGCGCGGUUCUCCAACUUCACGCCAGGUAGUCAGAUUAUACUGGCAAAGGGUGCGAACGGCCCGCUUGAAGGCGAGCUGCUCAGCGCAGAAUACUUCCACGGGCGGGACGGUCUCGGCGACAUCGACAAAGGACACCCUGAUCUCAAUGUCGAUACCAAAGAUCCCGGAGCGUACCCGAUGCUUCAGUUCGCCGACAAACCUGGUGAAGAUGUUGCCUUGGAUAUCAUCAGCACGGAGCCCGUGAAGAGCAUCUCGUACAUCAUUCUUGGCCCAAUGACGUCUUUCGCACGACUCAUGCGCAAGCAUGGUGAUACAGUGCGAGACAGACUUGGCCAGGUAAUAUGCAUGGGCGGUGCACUUGAUGUCCCAGGCAACAGCAGCGCGGUCGCCGAGUUCAAUUUCUUCGCGGACCCCUUCGCGGUGAAAGAGAUCUUUGAGCCUGUAUCGCCUGUGCAAGGCUUCCCACUCGAGAGAUUCCUACUCGUCCCUUUAGAUACCACCACACCACACGAGAUAACGUUCCCAUAUUACAAGGAACACAUCGAUCCCACGUUCGAAAAUACCACGCGCCCAUCCGACCCGAGCCAGAAGGCCCCGCUCUUGCACUUCACGAGCGCGUUCCUGGAGCGGACGAGAGAGGUCAUGAUCAUGUUCGGUAAGGACGCGAUGGAGUUGCACGAUAUCGUCGCCGUCUGGUGUGCUAUCGAGAACCCGCCCCCGAGCGACGAAGAGCUUGCCCAGGCCGGACCUCUACCCGUUCUCAAGGGCAGAUGGGGCGCGGUGCGUAGAAAGUUCCAAGUAGAACGGCUCGGCGAGAUUACCCGCGGAAUGCUCGUGGUAGACCGCAGAGAAGGCGAGGGAGCGUACGACCCCGGUGUAAACCGUGCGGCCGUACAGGCCGAGUUGGAGAUGCACGGCUUUCACUCCUCGGGCGCCCUGGAGUCAACUGCCGUCCCCGCCCAGGUGGAAUUGGAAACGGCACCAGAGCUGGAGAAGAAGCCGCUGACAGUAGGCGUACCUGUCGUCAACGUCACCCCCGGCCCUGCAGCACUACUUCGCACUCUCACUGAGCGAGUCUGGGGCGUGGUCGCAUAAGGGUCAGCCGCCUAUCAAGAUAGCUAUGUGUAUAGAAGGGUGUCCGGCAAUAUGUAGAAUAUGGAAGCUUGGAUAUAGAAAGAAGCUAUGUUGUUUACAAUGCCUAGAAAAUAUGAACGUGAUGUACAUGAGCACGCGAUGAUCGUUAGAUUGUGUCGAUGUAGUCGAUGGCUGGGUCCUUCUUAUCCUCAUGCUCGGACUCCGACUUCUCAACUGGGCUUGAAGGGCUGGGAGGCUGUUGCGCCUCAAUUUCGUGUCGCUUCUCCGCGAUCUCGUCCACGGUGCGGAAGCGGAAACCGCCUUUCACGGCCUGGUCAAUCACCAUACCACUAGAACCGGUGUCAGCG